AUGACCGCCGAAGACGGCCGCGGGCGCAAGAGGCGUCCGCCGCCCACAGGGGCGGAGGACCUCGAGGCGGGUGAGGAGGCGGCUCCUGCCGCCGCGAAGUCCUCGUUUCGGCCUUCGAGCAUGCCUGCGUCGCCUCUGCCGCGCGCGGCCUUCAACGCGGCGCUGCAGCAGGCUGUCUUCUCUCACGUGCGCUCCUACGACACCUUCGCCGAGGUAUACGUUGAAGAAAUGGUCAAAGACCUCCCCGUAGUCUACGUCGACCCGAGCUACGACGCGGACAAACACGAGGCUAACCCCUACUACGCGCCUUCAGACUACAUCAAACUCGCGGUUUCAUCGGUGUCUCUGGGCGCGCCCGUCCGCUUCGACGCUUCGCUCAAGUCUGGGCUGUCGCCGGCGGCGGCCGCAGUCGAGAAGCUCCUUCUGCUUCCGCGGCACUGCCGCGAAUCUCACACGACUUACGGCGCGCCGCUGAAGGUCUCCUUCGUCCGCAGCAACAACAAAACCGGCGAGACGCUUCGUAAGGAGGUCGUCGUCGGCGUCGUGCCGCUCAUGGUGCGAAGCAGACUCUGCUCCACUCGCGGCAUGAGCCCCGAGGAGCUGCAGAAGGCCGGCGAAGACGUCGACGACGGCGGCGGAUACUUCAUCAUCAACGGCAACGAGCGCGUGAUUCGCUACGUCAUUCAGCAGCGCACGAACUUUCCGAUUGCGCUCAAGCGCGCAGCCUUUGCAAACCGCGACGCCUUCUGCACUCCGUACGCCGUCCUGCUCAGGAGCCAGAGGUAUGACGGCACUUCGACGUCAAACAUUUUGCUGGACGCCGAGGACGGGCGGUGCACGUACCGCAUUCUGUUGAAUCGCCAGGAGCACUUUUGUUCGUUUUUCCUACUGCUGCGCUGCCUCGCGGGCAAUCUCUCGCUCGCGCAGCUCAAGGCGAAGAUGCUAGAGGGAGCAUGGGCGGACGAGCAGGACUGCGUCGGGCUCAGUCAGCUCUUUGAACAGAUCUGGGGACAGGAGGCGCCUUUCGCGGACUCCGACGUCCUCGAAAACCGACCUCUGCACCAGCUUGGCCUGGUCUUCUGGCGGGGCGUCUCGUGGCUGCUGCGGCCGGGUAGCAGCUACGAGGACGCGGGCGCAUAUGUGAUUCGCCACUUCGUGCUUCCCCACCUGGACUCCUGGGCAGACAAAUUCAACAUGGCGCUGCUGAUGUACAAGAAACUCCGUCUCUUGAAGCAAGGAAAAAUCUCCGCGGAGAGUUUGGAUUCCUUCGCCUACCAGGAGGUUGUGCUACCCGGGCAGAUCCUCGCGUCGGUGCUGAAGGACGCGCUUUUCUCCUGCCUCGCCAAAAUGAGGCUGCAUUACCUGCAAGAGGUUCGCAUGCUGCAAGGCGCCGACCAGAACCCGACGCCGGCGAUCUACUCAAACAAGCUCUUCGACGUCGUCACAGAUCGCUGCGCUCCUGAGAUCUCCCAGAAGCUUUCCUACUUCAUGGCCACGGGCAACAUUCGCACGACGCAGCUCGAUCUGCAGCAGCUCUCAGGGUGGACUGUGACAGCGGACCGGCUAAACAUCCAUCGAUUCCUAUCGCACUUCCGCGCCGUCCACCGUGGGCAGUUCUUCACGACCAUGAAAACGACUUCGGUUCGCAAACUGCUCGGAGAAACAUGGGGAUUCCUCUGCCCUGUACAUACGCCUGACGGUGCGCCAUGCGGUCUUCUGCUCCACCUCGCGCAGUCCGCAGCGCCCGUCGCGCUCCCCCCCGAUAGAAAAGCGAUCGCGAGCAUUCGGUUGUUCCUUCACAAGCAGGGGAUCUGCGUCGACCUCGAGGGCAUCUCGGGCCUCCCGCCGGCGGACCUGGGCGCCUCCGUCCGCCUGGCCUCGCGCCCUGUGUCUCUGGCGCCGCCCGCAGCUUCGGCCGAGUCGGCAGAGCCUGCGGACGCGACUGAGUCUUCGGAGACGUCGCCCGCGGUCUCCGCGCCCUCUGCGGGCGCCGCAUCCACCUUCCCGCUGGUCGUGGACGGGGCGGUUGUCUGCCACCUCGACAGAAAAGACUUCUUCUACUGGGUGGAGCGCUUCCGCGACCUCAAGAGCAAGGAGGCCGAGGACUUCAAGCAGCACUGGGAGGUCGUCGGCUUUCCUCACAAAGGCGGAAACUUGGAGAGCAUUUUCAUUUUCACGUUUCCAGGUCGCCUCGUGCGUCCCGUGAGGCACAUCAAGAGCGGCCGAAUCGAGUAUAUUGGUCCUCUGAUGCAGCCGUGGGCGGCGAUCGCGUGCCGACCGUCGGACGUGAAGCGCAAUGACCGUCUGCGGAAGCUGCAUGAGCCGAUCAUUUCCGAAGUUCUUUCCUCCUCUAGCGGGAGCUCGAAGGACGCCUUGGCUUGGCGCUUCCAGGCGCUCGCAGGCACGCCCCCGAGCAAGGCGAAGAAGUCGAGCUCGGGCGCCGCGCGCGAGGAUGACAAGCCGUUCCCGCUGAUUGGCGCCGGCGAGGCGACGGGAACGGACGCGCUCUUCGCUUUCAACGCCCCGGUGCAGUACGAAUACGUCGAGCUGAAGUCCUCCGCCUUCCUUAGCAUCGCCGCCAGUCUGACGCCCUACAGCCACCACAAUCAAAGUCCGAGAAACAUUUACCAGUGCCAAAUGCUUAAGCAGACGAUGGGGACUCCGUUCCACUCUGUGCCAUAUCGCCACGACAACAAAGCGUACCGACUCAUCACGCCGCAGCGCCCGCUCGUGCGAACCGAGGACUACCGGCGUUUUGACUUCGAUGACUAUCCCAGCGGCGUCAACGCGGUCGUUGCUGUCAUGUGCUACACGGGUUUUGAUAUGGAAGACGCAAUGAUUCUGAACAAGGCGUCGAUGGAGCGCGGCGCCUUCCACGGAUGCGUCUACAAGACCAAAGUCAUCGACGCAGCGCCGGCCUCAGCUCGCAUGGGCACAGCGGCGCAGUACACUUUCAGCAACGUCAACGCCUUUGGCAGGAAGCACGUGAUGGGCCUUGACGGCGAUGGCUUCCCGCCGAUCGCCGCCAGGCUCGAGAAGGGCGAGACCUACUGCAGAGUACAGACAUCGUCUUCGUCGUCGUCGUUUCUCUCAAAUAACGGAGGCGCGAUUCAGCACGGGUACAAGGACGGAGAGACUGCGUACGUCGACGGCGUGACUUUUAUUUCGCCGCCCGAGUCUUCGCAGGAGCGCUUGGCUGCGGCAGGCCUCAAAGGCUGCCGAGCGUCGCUGCGCUUGCGCUGCGUCCGAAAGCCUGUGAUCGGCGACAAAUUCGCCUCCCGCCAUGGGCAGAAGGGGAUUCUCUCGAUGCUCUGGCCCCACGAAGACAUGCCUUUCACGGAAUCGGGUCUGGUGCCCGAUAUUCUUUUCAAUCCGCACGGCUUCCCGAGUCGCAUGACGAUCGGGAUGCUCAUCGAAAGCAUGGCGGGCAAGGCCGCCGCAGUCCACGGCGCGUACCAGGACGCGACGCCAUUCCGCGAGUUCCCGCCGCAGACUGCUCAGGGAACGAAUAAGUGGCUAGACCAAGGAGGCUACCAUGGCUGGGUGAAGCGAGGCGAGCGCUAUCGCACUCCCGAGGAGGAGCGUCAGGCACAGCAGGAGCCUGAGACGCCCGUGGACUACUUCGGAAAAGCCCUGCUUCGAGCCGGCUACCAGUACUACGGCACGGAGGAGCUCUACAGUGGCGUCUACGGAGUGCCCCUGACGGCCCACAUCUUCACUGGCCUCAUUUACUAUCAAAGGCUCAGGCACAUGGUUACGGACAAGCACCAAGUUCGUGCGACAGGUCCUGUCGAUGCGCUGACGCAUCAGCCUGUCAAAGGCAGAAAGCGCCACGGAGGCGUGCGGUUUGGCGAGAUGGAGAGAGACGCGCUCAUCGCCCACGGAGCCGCUGCGCUCCUGCAGGAUCGUCUCCUGCACUGCUCGGAUGCGCACAAAACCUUUUGCUGCCCUGCAUGCGGGAGCAUUUUGACGCCGGCGGUCUCGCCGACGCUGCGCGGAAGGAACGUCGGCGGCAAGCGGACGGUGCCUCUGUGCAAGGUCUGCCACGUGCCUUGCCGCCUCAUCAUGAUUCCUUACGUGUUCAGGUAUCUCGCGAACGAGCUCGCCGCGAUGAACGUCACAAUUCGGCUCAAACUCGCCGAAUUCGGUCAGCCCCUAGGCAUGAAGCCGAAAACUGCUUUGGGCCCUGUAGAGGCCAAAUAG